AUGGCCACCUCUACAACCACCACCGGCCCCCGUUUCUCCACUCAGGAGGUGACGGUCGUCUUCUUCCUGGGCGGCCCCGGCAGCGGCAAAGGCACCCAGUCCGCGAACCUCGUCAGGGACUACGGCUUCGUCCACCUUUCCGCAGGCGACCUGCUCCGCGCCGAGCAAUUGCGUGAGGGCAGCCAGUACGGCGCCAUGAUCAAGACAUACAUCACGGAGGGCAAGAUCGUGCCCAUGGAGGUAACGGUCAACCUGCUCUCCAACGCCAUGCGCGACUCCCUGGACAACAACCCCCCGCCCGCGGGCACCAAGGCGCGGUUCCUGAUCGACGGCUUCCCGCGCAAGCUGGACCAGGCCGUGUUCUUCGAGGAGACCGUGUGCACCUCGGAGGUCGUCCUCUUCCUCGACUGCCCGGAGGACGUGAUGGAGGCUCGUCUCCUGAAGCGCGGGGAGACGAGUGGUCGGGAUGACGACAAUGCGGAGUCUAUUCGCAAGCGUUUCCGCACGUUUGUCGAGACCUCCAUGCCUGUUGUGGAUGACUUUGAGAAGAAGGGCAAGGUGGUCAAGGUUAAGGCCACGGGCUCUGUGGAGGAGGUCUAUGCGGAGGUGAAGAAGGGUAUUGAGGCACGCGGUGUGCACCCUCGUUAA